AUGACAUCACAAAGUAAUCCUUAUUUCAAUGAUUAUCAAAUAACACAAAAUCAUAACAGUCCAUAUAAUAAUGGAUUAAAUCAAUUCGCAUAUCAAUCAACUGAACAGAUCAACUUAGAACAACAACAAAAAACACAUCAAAGUCUACCUUCAACUGUUGAUGAUACAAGUUCUACAAAUAUCCGAAAUGAUCCAAUAGUGUAUAAAGAUGAUUAUUUUAAAAAUUAUAAAAAUAUUAAUAACCAUUUAAUGAAUUCAAUCAGUUUAAAUCAUACAGAUUUUAUAAAUCCGUGUGAAUCAGAAUUAUGGAAUAGACAUAAAGAUACCUGGAUGAAUCCUGUUCCUAAUUCAACGCCAACACCACCACCACCAACACCAACAACAACAACAACAAGAAGAGAAGAAACACCAUCUGAAAAGAUACCCUAUGUACAACAAUUCAAUAAGACAGAACGUUGUCGUUCACCUAAUUGUCAUUGUAGUUGUCAUUUGCCUACAACAAAACUUGAACAGAACUAUUCUACAACACAAAAUUCAAAUCAGCAUACUCCUUAUUCCCUUUCAUUAAAAGAUAAUAUUAUGGCGAAGAAAAUCAAUGAUGCAUUAUAUAAACAAAAUAAUUUAGAUGAAUUACCAACAAAAUUGCAUAAUGAACGUCAUACAAUAAAUAUGAAACGUUUGGGGGAGCAAUUGACACGUGUGAAUCGUUUAAAUGCAGCGGUGAGUUACUCAAAUCAUCAUCAUAAUAACAAUAAUGGCAGCAAUACCUACUUACCAGUGAGUAGUGAUCCUACAAAUUUGAACAACCAAAGAUGUGAAUAUAAUGUUAAUUAUGAUGAUAGUAAUAGUAGGGAUUACCAUAAAGUGCACACAAGAAAUCCAGCUCCAUCUGAAUUGAAGACACCGCCAGAGGUAAAUACUACUUAUAAUAAUAAUAAUAAAAGUAAUAUAACUAGUCCAUUAGGUUUGUCUUCAACAUCACCAAUGUCAGAUAGUAAAUGUGUAUGGAUGCCUGUACCUGUAACUAUGCUUAAUUCAUGGUUUAAUUUAUUAUCAAAUAUAACAUGUCCUAGUAAUAAUGACAAUACUACUACUACUACUAAUAAUAAUAAUAAUAGUAAUAAUUCUGUACAUCAGUCUACUUUUAUAGCACCUUGCACAACAUCAUCAUCAUCAUUCACAUCUUCAGUAUACAAUCAAUAAUUAGAAUAUACUUGAUAUUUCAAUGUUCAAUAAGUCAAAGUGACAACAACAAAAAAAGCACACCUUCAUUUGACUUUUAUUUUUCUUAUAAACUUGCAUUUUAUGCUUAUUUUAUUGAUGAAUUUCAAUGUACAAUGUUUUUAUUUAUCCAGGAUUUUGUAUGUUUUUGAAAAAACAUUCCAAAAUUCUUUUCUUUGUAUACUUCAAAAUUGUAUCACAAUUGUACAUUGAAC